AUGGUCAAAGACAUUUUUGGGCGUGACCGCUUUCAUUGCAAUUCCCGUGGCUGCAGCUGUGGAGAGUUUCAGAGUGAAGCGCAGCGAGAUCUUGCCAAGGCUGAAGAAGAUGGGACCAGCAUGGAGGAGAUGGAGUCAAGGUAUCACUCUAUGACCUGCCAAGCCAAAUCGGUGUACCAGCUUACUUGUAUUUGUGGCCAUGAUGCAAAUGACCACUCACAGAUCGAGAAAGUCGAAGCAGGCUUAGAGCCCGGUGAGGGCGAGAGUGAUGGGAUCUUCCUGGAAGAUGCCGGUGUGUGGACGGUGCUGCAAGUACUCCUCCGGAAGGAUGGCCCAGAUCCACGGAAUCUGCAAAUCAAGAGGCCCAAGAAGGCGCCGAAGCGUUUGCAUUGCACGGCCCGGCGCUGGCGCGGUCCCAUGGGAGGUCUGUGGGCCGAAUUGGAUCCUGGACAUCACUCUGCUGGUUGGGUGCUGCUGGAAGGCCCCGCCUCUGGGAAGCGGCCGGGCGGGCCGGCUGCCCCGGCUCACGCCGCGGGUCCCGGCCACGAGACCCGCGCCCGGGGUGUCACCACCGUUUGGGGGAAGGUUGUGGGAAGUGGCAACUGGGGCAUGGCCAUUGCCACUAUCAUUGCAGGCAACACAUCGCGACACCCAGAGUUUGAGGAUACCUUGACUGUCUGGAUGUUCGAGGAGGAGGUGCAGCACAAGGGUGUGAAGAGGAAGCUCUCAGAAGUCUUCAAUGAGACCAAGGAGAAUGUGAAGUACCUCCCGGGGAUCACCUUGCCCGAGCACGUCAAAGCGGAGCCAGACCUGAAGAAGGCCGUGAUGUACGCGGAUGUCCUGAUCUGGGUCUUGCCUCAUCAGUUUGUCGCGCGGACUGUGCAGAACAUGGGCAAGAUCAAGGAGGGCUGCGUCUCGGUGAGCCUCAUCAAGGGCGGCUUGGAGUUGGAGGGCGGCAAAUUGGGUCUUUGCUCUGACCUGCUGCGGAAGUUGCUGAAUCAUGAGGUUGGUGUGCUCAUGGGCGCCAAUGUGGCCAACGAGGUGGCAGCUGGGGAGUUCUGUGAGGCGACCCUCGGCAUCCAGGACAAGAAGUACCAGCAGAUGCUUGUGAAGUUGUUCGACUGCCGCACCUUCCGUGUCACCGCCGUGGAUGACAUCCCAGGUGUUGAGCUGUGCGGCGCUCUGAAGAAUGUCGUGGCGCUGGGUGCAGGCUUUUGCGACGGCCUGGAGUACGGCGGCAACACCAAGGCUGCGUUGAUCCGCAUUGGCCUGCAGGAGAUGAAGCUUUUCAUCCGAUACUUCUACCCUGAGGUGAAGGAUGCCACCUUCCUCGAGAGCUGCGGUGUAGCGGACUUGAUCACCACCUGCUUCGGUGGCCGAAAUCGAAAGUGUGCCGAAGCCUUCGUGAAGGCCAAGGGCGCCAAAGGUUGGGAUCAAAUCGAGAAGGAGCUCCUGGGCGGUCAGAAGUUACAAGGCACCCUGACGGCGCAGGAGAUUUGGCCAGUCAUGCAGAAGCACAACUUGUGCGACAAGCUGCCACUCUUGACCACCAUUUACCAGAUCGCCUUCGAGGAUCGGGCGCCCUGGAGCAUCGUGAAGCUGCCCUCGGGAAUGCCUCACUCGGCCUUCCACGAGGAUGACGGCUUCUUCGAGAAGAAGAGCUCGAGACACUUGCUCCGAACGGGCCUGCAGAGUCGUCGCUUGGAGCGUCGCUUGGAGGGGAAGCGUGAGUCAUUCACAGGACUACUUGAUGCAACGCUGGAGUCUCAGGACAAUGCCAAGCGACAGAAGCUAGGACAUAUAGGAGAUACCAACGGCAUGAGGGACUUCGAGACCGAGCCGGCAGCUGAACCCUCUCCUGGUCGAGCGGAACCCCCACGUUCGGCGGCGGACUGGCUCGGGCCUGAUCUGGAGGCAGCUUCAGCUCCCAAAGCGAGCACAGAAGCGGAGGAGGGUUCACAGUCAUUCUACCAGAAUGGCUCAUACCCUCUACCAUUCCCUCGGUUUUCCACUCGCCAAGCACAUGCAGAUGCAACUCGCCAAGCCCAUGCAGAUGCCACUCGCCAAGCCCAUGCAGAUGCAACUCGCCAAGCCCAUGCAGACGCCACUCGCCAAGCACAUGCAGAUGCAACUCGCCAAGCCCAUGCAGAUGCCACUCGCCAAGCCCAUGCAGAUGCAACUCGCCAAGCCCAUGCAGACGCCACUCGCCAAGUUCAUGCAGAUGCCACUCGCCAAGCCCAUGCAGACGCAACUCGCCAAGUUCAUGCAGAUGCCACUCGCCAAGCAGAUGCAACACGCCAAGCCCAUGCAGACGCCACUCGCCAAGCACAUGCAGAUGCAAUGCGCCAAACACGUGCAGAUGCAACUCGCCAAGCAGAGGCAUGGCAGGUGUUUCAGCAGAAGCAGCAUCAGCAUCAGCAGGCUCAGCAAGCACAGCACGAACUUCACUCAUGUCAAACGGAGCUACAUGGGCUCCUUCAGAGGAUUGCAGAUGCCAUGUUUGAGCAAAGCCAGCGCACGCAGCAUGCGCAGCAAGUCCUCUCACAGAGCUUCUACUCACAGCCACAAAGUUUCUAUCCACUCAACGAAGGUCAGCCGGACAACAAGUUGCCCCAAUGCUACGACCUGAGUCGGGAGCUGCCACCACCUCUGACCGUGCCGACGAUCAAUCCUUGGAAGGAGCCAGGGCGUCUAGUCGAGGCUCUCAGUUACUGUGGCGCUGUCUUCAUCAGUACCGACGAGUGGAGCUGUCCUUACCCGAGCUUUCCUCUGUGGAAAGGGCUCUGGAAAGAAGCUUUGCUACAGCCAGGGGCCUUCAAAAGGCGGCCCUUAGUGAGCAGUGGACAGCUACGGUUCUCCCAAGGGGAGGAUUUGCUCCGCACGAUGUCGGGGAGUGAGAAGAUUCAUACACCAGAUGUGCGCUACAACUUCGGCUUGGGCUUAGACACUCUGCGACAGCCCAUUUCAGACUGGGGUGAUCUGCAUUGGCUGCGCGAGGAGGUUGGCACCUCUUUCAACGUCUUGUCGGCGAUGCUGAAGAGCGAGCUCUUUGCCUUGGGGCCGCUGCAAGAGGAGCCACCAGGAAGUCUAGGUGCUUUGGUGGCGAGAGGCUUCGAAUAUUUCAACGGAAGCCGCAUGCGUCACUGUGUCUACCCAGCCCAUGGGUCCUGCACAGAGCACACAGACUAUGGCUUGGUGACUUUCCAGUGCUUUGGAGUGACCGACCUGUGGACGGUGCCUGUUGGGGUCGUGCGUACCGUCUUUAAAGGCAGAGCACAGCGCCCGGCCUCGAGGAUCGGGUCGGGGAAGGACCUGGCGAGGAGCGGCCCAAGGCGCUGCUCAACGGGGAAUGGAUGUCCUUGGACAUGCCUGAUGCGAAUGUGUUCGGUGUCGUGUUUGCUGGCGACAUGUUGGAACGCGUCACCAAUGGCAAGGUUCGGGCUUUGGUGCAUCGUGUCAAUACUGAGAUGCUCACUGCGAAUUGCCAGACGGGCGCGGACAGGGAGGUUGUGA